GAAUAUCAUUUCUCUGUACAUCUUGCCUGAAAAAUCUCUCUUUAGGGUUUCUACUAGUGUCUUACCUACCCAAUUUUUUCCUGUUUUUCUCACCUACGAUCUUGCAGAUCCGAGGCUUUCCAGAAAAGGGUUGUUGGCGGAUUUAAUUUUGGACCUUUCUUAUCUAAAAUUUUAAGAAUGGCGAGAGGGAAAACUCAGAUUAAGAGGAUAGAAGAUGCAACAACUAGACAAGUGACAUUCUCAAAGAGGAGAAAGGGACUUCUCAAGAAGGCCUAUGAGCUAUCAGUUCUUUGUGAUGCGGAAGUUGCACUGAUCAUUUUCUCUCCCAGCGGGAAGCUUUAUGAGUUCUCAAGUUCCAGUUCCAGAAGUACAAUAGAGCGCUACCAGAAGAGUAUCAAGAAUCGACCUACAAGCAAACAAAUGGAUCUAGAACGUUUACAGCAUUUUGAAGAAGAGGUUGCAAUCCUGAGGAAAAAAAUUGAGCUUCUUGAAGAAACUACACGAAAGCUCUUGGGAGAUGGUUUAGAUUCCUCCUCUAUUGGUGAGUUGCAACAGGUAGAACGUCAGUUGGAGAAAAGUUUAAGCAUCAUUAGGUCAAGAAAGAUCCUAUUGUUUUGCGAGCGAAUAAAUCAGCUGAAAGAAGAGGGGAAAAUUCUCAGAAAGAAAAAUGCGGAAUUACGAGAAAAGUAUGAAGAGCGACAAUUGGAACUAUCGAUUGGUCAACAAUUCUCAUCACUGGAACAAGUAAAAGAGGUAGAAACGCAGCUGUUUAUCGGACUUCCUAAUCGUUAAAACUGUCAAAAAAAAAAAGAAGCAAAAAUAAACAAUUUAUCAAUCUACUUGAUUUUGUAUAAUUUGUUUUCUUUACUUCUUUUGUAGUUUAUCUUACUUUUCUUUUAGUAAAAGACAUGUUAUUUCAUGCUGUGCUGAACUUAUUAUGAGGCAAAAGCCACUUCUUUAUUGAUGGACGAUGCAUUGAAUAAGCUACUUGUAUUGCAAUUGGUCAUUCCUCUUCUAUGUGUUGGUCCAAUCUUCAGACAAUGUUUGGGACACAAUGCUUGGAAGAUGAGAACAGAGUU